AUGGCUAUGGUUCAUCAAAGUCCAGUGGUUCAAUAUCGAACUUGUGCAUUAAAAUGGCAUCCUGAUCUUCAUGAUGACUCUACCAAGGCUGAGGCUGAAGCAAAAUUCAAGCUCUGCGUUGUGGCUUAUCAAUCUUUAACCCAAAAGCUACAGCUGAUCGACAGAGUUACUUAUCAUAAGCAGCAAACUGAUCAGGAGAAAUCAAAGGCUAAGAAGAACAAGAGAUCAAAAAAGUUUUUGAGGGAGCAUCAAGGAAAAAAAUCAAAUGUUAAGAAGUUGUUGAGGGAGCAUCAAGAAAAAGUACAUCGUGCUGUGGAAGAACUUAGACGUGAAAGAGAAGAGGCCGCUGCUAAAAAGGCAAAAGAAAACUUAAAUACACGUGAAAUACUGUCUGACCCAAUAGAAGCUUCUCACAGAGAAACACUUGGUCUGAGUCCUUGGGCUCCCUUAAAACUUGAAGAUGUCAAACAUGCAUAUCGAGCUUGUGCAUUAAAGUGGUAUCCUGAUCAUCAUGAUGACUCUACCAAGGCUGAGGCUGAAGCUAAGUUCAAGUUCUGCAAUGUGGCUUAUGAAUCUUUAAUCAAAAAGCUACAGUAA